UAAAAGGAAACGAAGGAAACGGCAGAAGCGCCGAGCGCGCGCUCCUGGAGUGGCAGCGAAUCUUGGAAGGAAAGCAGGGUCGAGAACAGGUGUACGGACAAUGGCGGAGGCCGACGAGACGGCGGCGCUGCAGUACACACCGACGUGGAUCGUGGCGGCGGUCUGCUCCAUCAUCGUGCUCAUCUCCCUCGCCGCCGAGCGGGGCCUCCAUCACCUCGGCAAGACGCUCAAGAAGAACCAUCAGAGGCCGCUCUACGAGGCGCUCCUCAAGGUCAAAGAAGAGCUGAUGCUUCUGGGGUUCAUCUCCCUGCUGCUCACGGUGUUGCAGGGGACGAUCCAGAGGACAUGCAUUCCUCCCAGCUGGACAGACUACAUGCUGCCGUGCCAAAGACCGGGGCACGACGAGGCUCCUGCUGCGGCCGCCUCCAUGGCGGCGCGUUUUGUCGCCGCCGACAUCCUCGGUGGGAUCAGUUGGGCACGCGUGCUCAGCGAGGGCGAGGGUGCGGCGGCCCAAGCCGGGCUGUGCGAGAAGGAGGGGAAAGUUCCACUGCUGUCCCUUGAAGCCCUGCAUCAGCUGCACAUCUUCAUAUUUGUUCUGGCUGUCUCGCACGUAUUUUUCUGUGCUUCAACUAUGUUGCCAGGAUGUGCAAAGGUAAUUAAGAUGCUUAUGGCAUGUCAGUUAAUAACCAGUGGAACUCUGGUUGCUUGCUUCUGCCGGCUCCUUACCGUUCUCUUUUUAUUUACUCAGAUACGCAAAUGGAAGAAGUGGGAGGAGGAAAUUCAGAAAAUCGCUGCAGAAAAUGGACCCAAGAAGGUGUUACCUAUGCAUCAAGUUUCAUUUAUCAGAGAACGUUACAAGGGUAUUGGCACAGAUUCCAAGACGUUGUGUUGGCUGCAUUCAUUUCGUAAGCAGUUUUAUGGUUCGGUAGCUAAAUCAGACUACGCCGCAAUGCGUCUUGGUUUUAUCAUGACUCACUGUCGCGGGAACCUGAAAUUUGAUUUCCACAGAUACAUGGUGAGGGUUUUAGAGUCUGAUUUUAAGAAAAUAGUUGGUACAAGCUGGCACUUGUGGAUCUUCGUGGUGAUAUUUCUGCUGCUCAAUGUCAACGCCUCAACGCUUCUGCUAGCCGUUGGCACAAAGCUGGAGCACGUAAUAGCACAGCUAGCCUACGACGUAGCCGAGAAGCAGACGGCGAUCGAGGGCGAUCUGGUCGUGACGCCAUCGGACCAGCACUUCUGGUUCGGGCGGCCGCGUAUCAUCCUGCACCUCAUCCACUUCAUCCUCUUCCAGAACGCGUUCGAGCUCGCCUUCUUCUUCUGGAUACUGAUGACCUAUGGAUUGGAGUCCUGCUUCAUGGACCAUAUCGGUUUCCUGGUGCCCAGGCUCGUUCUCGGGGUCGUCAUUCAGCUUCUCUGCAGCUACAGCACGCUGCCGCUUUAUGCAAUUGUUACCCAGAUGGGGAGCUACUACAAGAAGGAGAUCUUCAACGAGCAUGUGCAGCAGGGCGUGCUGGGCUGGGCACAGAAGGCCAAGAAGAGAUCGGGGGUGAAGGAGGUCAGCUCGCCGUCCGAACCCAUGCACGGCGAAGAUGCGGCCUAGGAUUGGGAUGCCGAGGGUAACGGGUAGCUGGCGAGGACAAUGAUGCAGCAGUUGUAAAGCACAGACUAGCUGUAAUUUUUUUGCAGAUAGAACCGUAAAACACUGCUCGUAAUCUUUACUAUUAUAAAUCACACCAGUUUUGACAGUACUCAAUAACAAGUAGCAGCGAGUUUCCAUCUAA